AUAACAAUCAUAAAAUAAAAAAAUAACAUAGAAGAAGGUACGAAAAAGUUCAAUUUUGUAGGAUCUAAGAAUGACAAAAUGGAGUGCGGUAAUAGUAGUGAUAAUGAUGGUGGUGACUGUUAUGGUGAUCACCACAGAAGCAGAGAAUGCAUGGAUAAAAUGUUUUCGCAAAUGUUCUAAACCGUGUAAACCUAACGACGGUAAUUGUUAUUUACGUUGUAAAGUCAAAUGUGGUGGCCCAAACCCUCCUCAUGGUCCAGGAGGACCCCCUCACCAUAGUUUCCGAAGAUCGCAUGGAAUGACAUCUGUGGAAUUUCGCGGAAAGAAAGAAUGAUAAGAGAAGGUUUCAUAGAAGAUUUGUGAUGAUCAAUUCUAUCAUAUUAACCUUAUUUAAAAUAAAAUAGUAAUAAGUUUAUUAUUUGUAAUCUCUA